AUGGUUCAGAGUCAUACUCCCGUCUACCCAGUUGAAUACUGCCGCCGCUGCGACCCGGGGGCCGCCGCCGUCCCCCGCCCGCGGGUGCUGCGCGUCCUCGGCCGCCGCUUCGCGGAGCUGCACGCCGCCGUGGACGGUCUCCCCGUGGAGAGCUCCAGGGUCCUGCCCGGGCUCGUUCUCCGCAGGGAUUUCGCGGCCUACUGCCCGGCGGGAGGGGAGCUGCGGGCCGUGCUGGUCACCGAGCCCCUCCGGCCCCCGCUCUCGGCCCCCGGCGGCGAGUUCGCGGUCAGCUCCGAGGGUCAGUACGGGGCCUCCCGGCGCUGGAUAGCGAGGAGGACGGAAGACUUGAUGAAACGCUUGCGGAGGGGCAACGUUAAGCUGCUGCUGUCGAGCGUGAAGCAAGAGGAGGUCGUUAUCUACUACGCGAAGUUACACGGCGUGUCUGUGGUGGAGUGCUUAUCGUCAGAGGAAGUGGCCCUCGUCUGCGAAAUCACGGGAGUCGUGCCUUACGCGCCUUUCGGCGAUAACGGGCACGGAGAAAUCACCGACGCCGCGGCCGCGACCUUUUGCCGACCCUUGCUGCUGGGCUCAAAGAGGUGCGCUCACAUUGGCUUCACCGGCCUGCGCGCCUUUCGGCCCCACUGCCUCAUUCUCUGUGGGCCGGUUGACAGCGUUAACGAGCAGCAUGCUGCUGCUUUACAAGGGGCGUUUACGAUGCUGCAGCAGCUAUUUAAAACGGUCGAUCAGAGGGAGGAAUGCAAAGGAGAAGGUGAAAGCCAGAAUGAAGCCUCAGAGGUCUGCAGCUGGCAUCCUUCAGCUGCUAGGCAGCAACUCCUAAUAGAAAAUAUUUCUUGUAACGGUGAUCGGGUUUCUGAACAUCAGCUGAAAGCACAUAAGGACGAAACAGAGACGCAGAUUGUAGACCCUGGUUUGCAGGGAAGCGAAAAUCCAGCACGUGUGCAAACAGACUUGCAAAUACCCUCAAAUCCCGUCUCGCACACCAAAGAAUUCAGUGUUGCCACUGAAGGAAUUGGCUCUUCAGGGGGCAUACAGAAACUGCACGCAAAAGGCGAGCAGCCGAGUGGCGUGCACGAGAGCUGUAAAAGCGAUUCACUUGUGGACAAUCAGAAGAACUACAGCACUGCUGUGUUUGCCGCACGCAACGCUAAUGCAGUCACUGCGUGCGAACACCUAGAUGUUGGCAAAGACCUAGAGAAAACAAGUUGCAAUAUAGUUCCAUAAGAAAAGCAAGAAAAAGGCUAACCAGCUGAGAUUUGUGGAAAACUCUGUUGUGCUGUCUGAACAGCACAAACGUGAAGUUUCAAACAUGAGAAAGCGUAGCUGAUUUCCACUGCAGAAGAUGCGCAAUGCCAUCUUCAUCCUCAUGCAGAGGCUCCUGUGUACAUUCUAGCCGAGGGUGAACUUUACCUCGUCUGGCGGUUUUUGAGUAUUUAUGCAAGCUAGAUGUGAUUGGUUUUCCUGGCACGUUAAAAGUUGCUAGUAUGGCAUGAGCCACUGAGCUUGCAAGUUAUAAGGAAGGGGGUUUUUUUUAGCUUUCAUGAUAGGCU